AUGGAAGAAUUUAUGCUCACUGAUGAUGUAUUUGAGCAAAUAAAAGAUUUUGUCUAUAAUAGUCUAACUGAAGAACAAAGUUUGCUAAUUGAUAAGCUGAUAUUAAAUGAAGAAUUAAAAUUACGUUAUAAAGGAAAUGGUUUAUGCAAAGAUUGUAAGCAACCUAGAGCUUCUUAUUAUUGGUGUCAAUGUAAAUUUCAACAAAAUUUCAAAAACUGGACCAGUGGAAAUUAUAAAGUUGAUAAGUUUAUUCAAAAAACACAACUUAAAGCUAAAGAUUAUAAUUGUGUUUUAGAAUGGAUUGAAUAUGAUAGAUUUGAAAAUGUUGAAUACUUGGCAAAAGGAGGGUUUGGAACUAUUUAUAAAGCAAUUUGGAAGGAUGGAUGGAUAUACAGUUGGGAUUUUGAAAAUAAUAAAUGGAGAAGAAGUAAAAAUUAUUGUAGGGAUUAUGAGAAUUUUCCUGUUGUGUUAAAAUGCUUACAUAAUUCUCAAGAUAUUACAUCCGAUUUUUUAGGAGAAAUUGAAGCCCAUAUUAUGUUUUUUUCAAAAAGUGUAUUUAAUAUAACACCCUGUUAUGGCAUUACUAAGGAUCCAGAAUCUAAAAAUUUUAUGUUAGUAAUGGGAUAUGUAAUAAAUGGUAGUUUAAGACAACAUUUAAAUAAUAGUUUUAAUUCAACAAAAUGGGUUGAAAAAUUGGAAACUUUACAAGAUAUUGCACAAGGCCUCGUUUAUAUUCAUGAAAAUGGAUCAAUUCAUCGUGAUUUUCAUUGUGGUAAUAUAUUAAAAGAUAGCCGCUAUACUUUCAUUACUGAUUUUGGAUUAUGUCGACCAGUAAAUGUAAAACCAUCUCAAAAUGAAUGUAAAGAAUUAUAUGGUGUAUUACCCUAUGUAGCACCAGAAGUUUUAAGAGGAAAUGAAUAUACUCAAGAAAGACUUAGGCCAAAAUCAAAUUAUAAAAUUCCUCAAUUAAUUCUAAACAUAAUUAAACAAUGUUGGGAUGCUGAUCCUUUAAAACGACCUAAAGCAAAAGAAAUAAAAGAUUUAUUAUAUGAAUUACAUUUUUCAAGUAAAUUUCGGAGUGAUCGUGAAAUCAAUAAGCAAAUUGAAGACGCAGAUAAAAUUAAUGAGAAGUUAACAUCAUCAUCAUCAUUAUAUACUGGUCCUACUCUUUCAUAUACUACAAAUCCUCAAGCAGUUUACACAAGUAGACUUUUGGAUUUUAAAAAUCUUCCAAAACCAAAAAAUUCUAUUGAUAACAAGGAUGAUGAUGAUUCAUUUGGAGAAUAUUCAGGUAAUUAAAUAAAAGUAACUGAAUGAAAGAUAAAGGAACUUGGGUAUAAAUUCUUUACAUUUACUAUUUAUUUUCUUUUACAUUACUAUAGAAACUAUAUGAAAAAUAAAUAGAUGAUUUGUAUGUAGUAUGUUAUAAAA